ACAUUGAUGUCAGUGGCACGUGGCGGACUCAGCGGAAAUACGCGCGCGUAAAGGGGUUGAUUCGGGGGAAACGGUUUGAAGCUUAUUAAACUUUCUGGAUUAAAAUAGUUAAAAUACCAGUAGUUUAACUUUCUGUCGGUGUUUCUGUGGCUGGAGCGGUUGUGGUGGAGACCGUGGCGCGCAGCAGCAGCAGCCGCAGAUGAGCGGAGAGAGAGGAGCGCGCAUUAAACAUGCUCUUGGAGAGAGUCAUUCCCGUCACUCUCCGCGCGCAGUCAGACCGCAGUGCCAUCUCGGGGUAAUCUCACUGAAUGUUGCACUACAAAAGAUGACUCUAAAAAUAAAAGUGAAGGAAGGGGACUGGCAGAACACGUGAGGACCUCAGCUGAGAGCGCACCAGACUUCCCGUGGAUCAGAGCGCACAGGGGGGUGAGCUCCUGCGUCAAGAUACAAGUUUGGAUGUAUGCUGGGGAAUGUCCACCACUUCUUUAUGUUAGUCUUUGAUUUUUGGAUUAUAUUUAUUUAAAUUAUUCAAUUCCCCACUGCGCUUCCUGGAGCUGCACGUCCACGCACCUUGGCGCGCGCUGUCCUCAGCCACAGUGAUGGAAACGAACAGCACCGCUGAUUCAAGGACGUCAAGCGAUCAGGAAAUCGUUUAGAUGAGUAUACGUCCGAUUUUUUUUUUUUUUUUUUGAGGAGUGGAAAUAAACAGAAAGCAAACUGAUCCAAAGGAUUACAACAGCAGGUGCAUGAAAACACUCCUGCUUCUUGAAACAUGGAUUGUAAAGGAAUCGUCUGCUGAACCACCGGUGAGUGAGUUAAAAUGAGAAAAUAAGGAAACAAGAGAGCUGCCAGGGUGGAUCUCUGUCAGUCCAGGGACCAAUAUCAUCACAGGGACACGCCUCGAAGAUCAUUAAACAAAUCAGAUAAAGGCAGUGCAGAAACCAUCAAUAGAAGUUAUUGAUGAGGUGGUAUAUAAGGCUAAUGAUUGGCCAAACUCCCAUUCACUCAAAAACGAGGGAACAAUAUACUGUGGAACUUUUCUGAAAGGUUUGAGAGUUUCAGCGUGAACCCAGAGGAAGAACUUUGGUCUGCAGAGAGAAAACUUUUAUGAGGACAGAGCUGACCAGAAGAGCAAAUGCAAACCACAACCGGAACCUUUUUCUCCCUCCACAAAGUAGAAUGUCGUCCGUCUGCGCUGCUGCUGCAGGAAUCGUCGACUAUUUUUGGGGAGGAAUUCCCGAGGGCAAGGUUUUGAAACACUUUUAACAUCAUUUGUGCAAACAUGGUGUUUGUGCCGAGGAGCCCGCGGAUGACCCAGACUGUGGGAGAGCUGGUGCCAAGACAGUUUAGCUCUCCAGCAGCAACGCUGUCCGUCUGAGGCUCUCUCUCACAACGGCACAUCGGCGACUGCGGGCUGGAGAUGUGAUGGGGUGAGUGCUGACAUCCCCCUCACCCACCCCCUGUCUCUCACGUUGUUAGCACAAUAAUAUAAACAAUGGAUCAGAAUUUCUCAACAGUGCGAGAUGGCAGGCAGCUCACGGCGGAGAGAGACUCGUCAAAGCGGGUUCUGACAGGAUGCUUCCUGUCCCUGCUCAUCUUCACCACGCUACUAGGCAACACCCUCGUGUGUGCUGCCGUCACCAAGUUCCGACACCUGAGGACGAAGGUCACCAACUUCUUUGUCAUCUCGCUGGCCAUCUCUGACCUUCUGGUUGCUAUUUUGGUGAUGCCGUGGAAGGCAGCCACUGAGAUCAUGGGGUUUUGGCCGUUUGGAGCUUUCUGCAACGUCUGGGUGGCGUUUGACAUCAUGUGCUCCACAGCCUCAAUCCUGAAUCUUUGUGUGAUCAGCGUCGAUCGGUACUGGGCCAUUUCCAGUCCGUUCCGCUACGAACGCAAGAUGACUCCUAAAGUGGCGUGUCUCAUGAUAAGUGCCGCCUGGACUCUCUCCGUCCUCAUCUCCUUCAUCCCUGUCCAGCUGAACUGGCACAAAGCUCAAACCACCACCUACGCAGAGCUAAACGGGACGUACCCCUUAGAUCUGCCCCCUGACAACUGCGACUCCAGCCUUAACAGGACGUACGCCAUCUCCUCCUCCCUCAUCAGCUUCUACAUCCCUGUGGCGAUUAUGCUGGUCACCUACACUCGAAUCUACCGCAUCGCCCAGAAACAGAUCCGGAGGAUAUCUGCCUUGGAGAGAGCAGCAGAGAGUGCCAAAAACCGCCACAGCAGCAUGGGGAAUAGUUCGAGCAUGGAAAGCGAGAGCUCCUUCAAAAUGUCGUUCAAACGAGAAACCAAAGUGUUAAAGACGCUCUCGGUCAUCAUGGGCGUGUUUGUGUGCUGCUGGUUGCCCUUCUUCAUCCUGAACUGCAUGGUUCCAUUCUGCGAAACGAACUCGCCGGACGGCUCCACGGACUUCCCCUGCAUCAGCUCCACCACUUUUGAUGUGUUUGUGUGGUUCGGCUGGGCGAACUCCUCACUGAACCCCAUCAUCUAUGCCUUCAACGCAGACUUCCGCAAGGCCUUCUCCAUCCUCCUGGGCUGCCACAGACUCUGUCCGGGGAGCAACUCCAUCGAGAUCGUCAGCAUCAACAACAACAUGGGCGGCGCUACCUCCAACCCCAACUGCCAGUAUCAACCCAAGAGCCACAUCCCGAAGGAGGGCAACAACUCAGCCAGCUACGUGAUUCCACACAGCAUCUUAUGUCAGGAGGAGGAGUUACAAAAGAAAGAAGGAUGUAGAGGGGAGAAUGAGAUGGGAAUGGUGAGCAACACCCUGGAGAAACCCUCCCCAGCUAUCUCUGGGAAUUUAGACAGUGAUACCGAGGUCACACUGGAAAAGAUCAAUCCUAUAACCCAGAAUGGGCAGCACAAAGCUGUGUCAUGUUGAGAGAAUGUCAGCAAAAAUGGAUAUAAAUGCAGCAGCGCUUCUACGUAUGGACCGCGGCAGGCGAGGCUCAGAAAAGGAAACAAACAUCUCUGACAGGACCAACAAACGUGGAAAAAAAAAAGAAAACCUACAGAAUGUUUUAAUGUAAAGGCACUUUAUCCUGAAAAUAACUAUCUGCAAAAUACACUCAGCAUUUAUUGAUGAAAUGAAAACAUUUGAUGAUAAAUGUUGAUGAUAUGUAUAUUAAAACUGAACACCGGAGCAGACGUGUGAUCUGCAUAUGUAUGAUGUACAGCAAUGUCACUCAUUUGGAAAGAGUAUAUAUGUGUGGGGGGGCGUAGCAUUAGUGAAAUAUCAUGUAGGUACAGUAGGUGCUUGUUUGUGUUAAACGAAAGAACAACGUGGCUAAAUCAAUGCAGUAAAAUAGUUCCUUAUUGCAGUUAUUUCUCUAACGUAAAAGCAGUAUUAUUGAAAAAAAGAAAAAAAAAACUCCUUUAUUGCUGUGGUAAUUCAUUUUAAUUAAAAAAAAGACCAAAGCAAAUGUUAUGAGACAGGGGAAAAAUGUUAUUGGAUUCUGUUUGGGUAUACAUUUUUGAUAUUUACACCCUUCCACCAUAAUCUUUCUGUGCCUGUGGGGAAUCUUUUCAAACCUUACUUACUUAGAGGUCCGGCUUAUCUUUUAUGUGACAGAAUAAAAGGACAGGGCGAAAGAGAAAGGCUCUGCUAUGAUCUGCUUUCUGUUGCGUAUUCGGUUUCUGAUCGAUCCUCGGUCACCUGGGAGCGAAAGAGCAUUUCUAGAUUUCUUGAUAUCUUUAUGUUCCUGGUUCUCCCUGCAGCCUGCAUACCGACAACAAAAUUCCUUCUUUUUUGUUCUCCUUUUCCCCACCACUCUCACUCUCAUCAUCUUUACUUCUCUCCAUCUUUACUUUCUUUAAAGUUUAAUCCUCCCCCACACCAUCUCGUUUGGCAGUCAUCCAUUUUAUGUCUUUCUUUCGCCCACUUUACAUUCUUGAUGAUUCUCCUCUUGGCAAAUGCAACCAGUUCAUCGUGAUAAUAUUAAUGGGAAAAAGGAAGACGUGUUGGAUUUCAUGCUAAAGAGCAGGUUGAGCCUCGAUGUAGGUCACACUUUGUGACCUUUUUCAAAUUGAUGAUUCUGUAAAUCGCCACGCUGUGACAGCCGGUCACGUCUUUCAUUUUUGCAUAGAUGACUUAGGGAAAAGAGAAGAUACUCGAGAUAAAAUCAGCAUUAGGGUCUUCAAAUCUGCUGCAACUACUCUCCUAAUUUAAACAGUAUUUGCUCUAUGUAGUGUUUUGUACUUUUUACUGACGUUUGGAUUAUAAAUUCACUUGACCAAAUAUGACGUUUUGAGCACUGUAAAAACUAGAGGGGGUGUAUUGCGAAGAGUCUGGCAAUACGAUAAGUAUCUUGAUAUGUUUAUCGAUAUAUGUCUCACAAUACGAUACGUAUUGUGAUAUUUUCCAAGAAUGUACCAGAACAAAUUUUCUUGUAAAAAUGAAUAUGCUUUUCAUUGAAGUAAAAUGGUAAAAUUCAUUUUAUUUAAUGACCACAAGUUUAAGCACUGUAGAUACUUUCAGCAACAUGGCCCAGAGUUGCAGUUUGGUACCCAUCCUACGUAAAAACUAAGUAGUACAUGUCUCAUAACAACAAAUAUCGCGAGGCUACAAGCAUUUAACUCAAGCUGGUUCUCGCGAGAUCUUGUUGUUGUUUUGGUCACUAUAUAGAGCUGCUCAAAAAGACACAUUGUGCUGCCACCUUGCUCAGAUGGAAAACAAAAGUAAAUAAUUAAAUAUCGUCUUGUCAGCAUUUUAAAUCCAUACAAGUAUCGCCAGAUGAAAUAUCGCGAUUUAUCGCCAAAUCGAUUUUUCCCUACACUAUUAGUGAAAACCCUCCCAAAAACUAGUGUGAGGCUUAUUUUUUAUGUUUUAUAGCAGGGGUCCCCAAAGUUUUUCACAUAACUGUUUUCUCCUCUGUUGUGGGUCCCAAAUUUGGCCAAGCAUAGUCAAAUUUUAAAUAAUUAAUUUCAGAGAAAAAACAAUACUAAAACAUUUUAAAAAUUAAACCAAUAAAUAGUCUAUGCUCUGGAAUAAAAAGUCAUGUUUUAUAUGGGUUUCGAUUGGCCAGAUUGAGAAAAAGAAAAAAAAAAAAGAUGCGUCUAUAAUAGUGUUUGAGGGGCUGGGUCAAAUAUGGGGGUGGGUCGGAUUCGGCUGUAGUUUGGGGACCCCUGUUUUAUAGUAAAAAUAAUGUAGACAAAAACAGGAAAUGGAGUAGAAAAUGAAAAGGAAGUGAUUUUGAACUUCAUAUAGGUAGAACUAAAGUGACAUGCAUUGUGUGUGACAUAAAUAAUCAUCAGAGUCAGACAUAAUUAGCGGUGAAGUGGAAGCCUGCGCUCCAACCCUUUUACUUUUUUCUUUUUUGGUGGUACUGUUGCUCUGUAUGCGGAGCGCUGCCUGCACGCGGUCGGUGCACGAAGGCGUGAAACCUCUGCACAUCAGAGAAAAGGAGAGCAGAUCGGAUAGAAAGCAAUUGGUCUUGAAUGAAGCGUUUGAUUUUCCUGCGUUGGAAAAUCCAAUGCUAUCCAGACGGCAGUGAAUCAGGGCAAAGCUUUCGGUUCGAUAUGUGGCUCGGCUUGUGUCAGAGAAAAAAAAAAAUCCCCUCAUUGUGUCCUCUCUGCCUCCCCACAACAUUCCGCCUGCUGCUGCUCUUCCAGUGUUUUGCAACUGGGAUUGCAACCCAGCGGUACGAUUUCAUUUAAUUCUUACAAGUGCUCAAGCGUGGUACAACAAGUGCCACAUAUUGUAAGCUGCCCCCCCCCCCCCUUUUGCUCCACCGUGGGGUUUCUAAUGAUCAGCCAUAUCAGCUUAACAAACCUCACCUCUCACUCCGCACCAGUUAUUUCCAAACAUGCCAUAAAACACGAAGUGUGUAUAAUCCGUCAGAAUUGGACAUGAAAGGAAACUGCCUUGGGGAGGAUUUCUCUUCCACUCACCCCCCCUUACCCCGCCUCUCCUUCCUUCCUUCUGUAUUUUACUCUUUUCUCUCGGCUGCCUCUGUCGACUUGAUGAGUGUUCCUGAUGUUAACACAGAUUGAAUUUAGUAUUAACACAGACAGAGCUUUCCUCGUAUUGGAAUUGCUGAAUCCCCACCUGGCCAUUAUACUAUUAGACUGUGUUGUUACUGCUGCUGCUGCCAAAACCUUUUUUUUUAUUUAUUUUUUUGGGGGGAUAAGCAUGGCUUUACUGUUGUUGAUGCUGUGAUCUUAAUGUUUAAGGUGAAAACCCGGAACGCCGAGCUUUAUCAGCCAUUUUUGUGACGUCAUCUGCAUUCACAGGUUAGCUCUGUAUAGUUAGCACCACGUAUGUACUCCGUGUGUCCAUUUGUUGAACAGAGAGGCUCUCUGGUGUGCUAUGUGUGGCUCUUCACCCCCCCUCCACCGUGACUCCGCAGCCUUCACCAUGUCAACUCAGUCAGUCAUCUUUUCUGCAGCUGCCACUGCUUUUAUUUUUAUUUUUUUUUUUUUGGGAGAAGGGACAUGUCAGGCUGCAGCUCCAGAAGCAAAAUGUUCCGUUUGAUUCAGAGCUUUCCCCCUUUAGGCUGCCUACGAGCUCCUCCGGGGAGCUACGGUGACGAUGCAUAAGUCUCGAUAAGUGCAGGAACAUGACAACUUAAGCAAAUCAGACAGUGAGGAGUCUCUCCUCCUCCUCCUCCAACUCUGGUGAGUAGCCGGCUUUAGGAACAUGCAGCCAUUUUGAUGGCUGCGUCUCCUUUGAUUUUUCGUUUCAAAAUGACAUAGACCCUACCUCAUUCUCGGUUCAGUGACAGAAUGCCAUGUAAAAACAUAAAGUCAGUGACAGCGUCAAGGGUUGGGGAUGGCAGGGACGGAGUGUUGUACAGUGAUGUUCAAAAUGUAGUGAAGAUGAACACAAGUGCUUUUUAUCUUUCAGAAUCCUUAACAUGUGUAGCAGACUUACAUGCUGUAUGUUUUUUAUUUUUAUUUUUAAUGUGGGAUUAAAAGAAAAGUUCAAAAUUCUUUAGAUAAAGUUGGAUUGACAUGUCUCUGAUGUUCAUCCAUGAACGUGAUGUCAAAGAGUUUGGCCCUCAGAGUCUUUUAGUUUACAGUUUGUACAAAAGAAAAUGUGCCCUUCUUGUAAAAUAAAAAAAGUUGUAUGUA